CUUUGUUACACUCAGUUGUAGCUUGCGUGAAUGAAGUGGCUUUAUUGAACUGUAGUGUACUGGUAUGGGACCUAGUGGAAACAUUAUCUUCAGCUCCUGGCUUUCGAUAUAAACAGGGUUUUUGUCUAUUAACUUAAACAUUAGUGUGUGAACCUAGUGGAAAAUCGGGUUUAGCUACUUACGUUAAUUUGUCAACCAAGCCUGCUAGCGUUAGCUCGUUAAGCUAGCCUAAUCAGCUGGAUAUCUAUUAAGUAAUAUACAACUAAUCAAUAUCAAAACAAAGAUGCUGGAGUCAAUGCUGGCCCUGCCCUUGGAGAAGCAGAUCUUCUUGGCCGUACUGGGGUUCUCGUGGACGGUGUACCUAUGGGAGGCUUACCUUUCAUACAGACAGCGGAGGAUCUACAGGUCCACAACUCGGGUGCCACAAGAGCUGGGGAAGAUAAUGGACACGGAUACCUUUGAGAAGUCUCGCCUUUAUCAGCUGGACAAGAGCAACUUCAGUUUUUGGUCGGGGCUCUACUCGGAGACUGAAGGGACGCUGAUCCUGGUGCUGGGAGGAAUCCCUUACCUGUGGAGUCUCGCUGGGACCGUCUCAGGGCGCUUUGGGUUUGGUGCGGAGUAUGAGAUAACUCAGUCCCUUGUCUUUCUAACCCUGGCCACCCUGUUCAGUGCAGUAACCGGCCUUCCCUGGAGUAUUUACAGCACAUUUAUCAUUGAGGAAAAACAUGGCUUCAAUCAGCAGACUUUGGGAUUCUUCCUGAAGGACGCUGUGAAGAAGUUUGCUGUGACCCAGUGCAUCCUGCUCCCGGUAACCUCGCUGCUCCUCCACAUCAUUAAGAUCGGUGGAGACUUCUUCUUCAUCUACGCCUGGCUCUUCACGCUAUGUGUCUCCCUGGUUCUGGUCACCAUCUAUGCGGACUACAUCGCUCCCCUGUUUGACAAGUUCACUCCACUGCCGGAGGGAGAGCUGAAGACAGACAUCGAGACCAUGUCCCAGUCCAUCAGCUUCCCCCUUACCAAAGUAUAUGUAGUAGAAGGUUCAAAACGUUCCUCACACAGCAAUGCCUACUUUUACGGGUUCUUCAAGAACAAGCGUAUUGUGCUGUUUGACACCCUAUUGGAGGACUACUCGCCUCUGAACCAGGCCGGAGACCAGGGAGCGGACCCGGAGGGCCAUGACAUGCCCAGCGAGUCUAAAGUCAAACCCAAGAACAAGAAGCAAGGAUGCAACAAUCCUGAAAUCCUUGCUGUUCUGGGCCAUGAGUUAGGCCACUGGAAGCUUGGUCACACGGUCAAGAACAUCGUGAUUAGUCAGAUGAAUUCCUUCCUGUGCUUCUUCCUCUUUGCUGUUCUGAUUGGCCGCAGAGAGCUGUUCCUCGCCUUUGGUUUCAAUGACAGCCAGCCAACACUGAUUGGCUUGAUGAUCAUCUUCCAGUUCAUCUUCUCCCCGUACAACGAGCUCCUGUCCUUCUGCCUCACGGUCCUGAGCCGCCGCUUCGAGUUCCAAGCCGAUGCAUUUGCACUGGGUAUGGGCAAAGCCUCUCAGCUGUACUCUGCCCUCAUCAAGCUCAAUAAGGACAACCUGGGCUUCCCAGUGGCUGACUGGUUGUUCUCCAUGUGGCACUACUCCCAUCCUCCCCUCCUGGAGCGCCUCCGGGCACUGGGCAACGUGAAGCAGGACUGAGAGCAGGCUCUCCUGGUGUCCUUUGGUUCUUUUCCUUUUGCCUCUCUGUUUUAUUCAGUUCAACUUCAGUCGCUACUCAAUUAUCGAAACCAAAACAGCGAAAGCCUUUGCAGCCACAUGGAUCUCCUCAGAAAGCCUCUUUUGUUUCUCUAGGUGAAACACAUAGUGCCCUCCUUAGGAGAAACCGAGCACAGGUCAAAGGUUAUCCUCCUUAUUUUCAUUUUGGAGGGGACAGCAUUCCUUUUAUCAUUUAAUUUGAUUUAUUGUUUUACGUUCUCACCCCAAAAGAUAGAUGGCAUUAAAUUGUGAUCUAUUACAAAUGUGUAUUUGCAACUUUAACUCAGAGUUGUGAUUUCUUGUUUUUUUUACUUGCUUUUGCUAUUAAUUUAUUCUAAAAUUGUGGCACGGAAUUAAAAAAUGAUCUACAAGUGUGGGUUGAUUGGUUGCUUCUAAUCUGACAAUGUUGACUGUAACCAUUGUGAAGUUGUUCCUGAAAUGAAAACAUUGCUUGGUAAGACUUAAUUAAGGAAUGCAUCCAAGUCCAGCUUGACAGGAACGAUGUAGAUUCUGUGUUAUGGUGGAAGAACUUGAGUGCCUCUAAAAACCGAUGAAUUCAGACUAAAAAUUGGAAGUAUUUUAAGAACUUAACCCUCGUCAUGACGGCAUGCAUCGAAAACUUAUUUUCCCCUUAUUUUCUUUUACACUUGUUUUUACAACAAGGAAGAGGUUGUUUGAUCAUGUUAAAUACACUUGCUUGUUAAUAAGGGUCCAAUAAUGCCUGUAAAUAAGUAAUGUUGAUGAUCGGCAUAAUAAAUGUUCCUUUAGAAUAUGUCUGGUUUUUAUAAAGUGAGUUUAUUUUGUUUUGGGGUUAAACCCUGACAUACUGUGUCCGGGUGAGAAGAAGCCAUGUUUGGCUUUCGGAAGACUCUUUUCGCAAAUUUAAAUACCAUUAUUCCAAGCAGAUUUACUUUUGCUUUGAUUAGCUUUGUUUUAUUUAAGUCAAUUAAAGUUUGAGAUGCAUAUUAGUUACAAUUUCAAAUACCAUGAUGGCUAUGCAGACUUGUGAUUGUGAUGCCGUUUCAUAGUGUUAUUACAUUAUCACUUAAAUCUCAGUUGUGCAGGGUUAGUCGUGUUAUUACUUUAUCACUAAUUUCUCAAUUGUGUACGAGUAGUCUCCAGAAACUAUGGUGGGUAUACCGGAACACAACCAUUUCUUUAUCCGGUAUGACAUAAAUGUAGAUAUACUUUUGUGUCUUGCCUCAAAUCAAAGUCAAGUAAAAAAGUAAACUAUUUAAAGAAGCUCCUGUCCGCGUGUAUAUGGUGAUGAAAUUACUUGCUGUCGCUCACCGCACAGACUCCCGCUGCUGACAGCAGAGAGAGAACGUACCGUAACGAAGUGAGACCGUACCAUGUUCUGACUGUUCAUGUAUUCUGGCUUUUGUACCGUAGUUUGCCAGUCUAUAAUUUCUACCAUCGUCCCUUAUUUAUUUUUUCAUUAUGAUGAACUAUUUUGUGCAAUUAUAUCUUUACACUCAAAUUAAAGUUACUUGGUU